AAAGAAGCUCGAUCCAUCGUCUCCCGCAGCUCAGGCAGGGCCCUCGCCGCCCUGCAAGAGCGAGCUAGGGAAGACAGAGGACAUCAUUAAGGAGAUGGCAAAGGUGCACCCCGACGCGGUCGUGGCGCUGCCAGAGGCGCCGGCUGCUGGCCACUCGCGGCCCGUAGGAGCUGGGGCCGAGGAGGAGGAGCCGCCGCCGGAGGCCAUGGCGCUGACCGUGUGGCGCAAGUCGCUGCUCUUCAACUGCGACGGCUUCACCGUCUUCGACGCCACCGGCGGCCUCGCCUUCCGCGUCGACUGUUACGGCACGUCCGGUCGCAGGCGCCGCCACGCGGAGGACGUCGUCCUCAUGGACGCCGCAGGGUUCCCGCUCCUCACCGUGCGGCGUAGAAGGCUCAGCCUGGCAGAGCACUGGGUCAUCUACGACGGCGACGGUGGCGAAGUCGACGCUCCGAAGCCGCUCCUCUCGGUUCGCCGCUGCCACGCCGGCUUGUUGCGCCACGCCCACGCGUCGUCGUCGUCCAAGCAGAAAGCGCUCGCGCACGUAACGCCUCUCACGCCGGCGUUGCGCGAGUCGUACGUGGUGGAGGGGUCGUACGCGCGGCGGUGCGUCGCGGUGCGGGACGCGCGCGGGGAGGCCGUGGUGGAGGUGCGGCGGAAGGAGUCGCCGGUGGGCGAUGAGGUGUUCCGGCUGGUGGUGCCGGACCCUCGCCGCCUUGGCACGCCGCUGGCCAUGGGGAUCGUCAUGGCCCUCGACGAGAUGUUCGGCAGCUCCGGGGCCGGCUGCUCCGCCGCUCGAUCACUGCUGCCGAGGAGCUGGUCGAUGUAGUUUGAUGGAUGGCAUGGGGAAAUAUUUGAGGGCCCACUUGUCAUUUAUAGCACAGUGUGCCGCGCACAAGGGAAGAAACACAAGCGCACACGGGCCAUGGCACGAAAUAAAAAUGAAUCUUGCACAGUUCCUGCAAAGAAAAAUGAAUCUUGCACAGGGAAUUAGGAUCACAAGACAUUCAUUUUUUUAUUCCCCGGAGAAGAGAGGAGGAACAUUGGGAGGAGAGCAUCAUGAUCAGGAGGGUCAACGAGGAUACUUUAGUUGCCUCGCAAAAAAAAAGUUGAUGAUUUAGUUUGUACUACGUACAUGUUUGAAUUGGAUUUGUGAAUACCUAUAUGGUGUUUGAGAUUGCUCAAUAAAUUUCUUAU